AGUAACUAAACUCUGCAAUAUACAUACUAUACUACUUUUCAAGCAUACCCAAAAAAGAAUCUUGAAAUUUUAGCUCUUUAAAAAAUAUGACUACUACUAAUAAAGAGGGAAAGGCUAUAGGUAUAGACCUUGGCACAACUUAUAGUUGUGUUGGGGUUUGGGUAAAUGAUAGAGUUGAGAUAAUACCAAAUGAUCAAGGCAACAGAACAACACCUUCAUAUGUUGCUUUUACUGAUACUGAAAGGCUUAUUGGUGAUGCAGCCAAGAAUCAAGUUGCUAUGAACCCACACAACACUGUUUUUGAUGCUAAACGACUUAUUGGUCGUAGAUUCAGUGAUCCUUCUGUGCAAAGUGACAUGAAGUUGUGGCCUUUUAAGGUGCUUGCAGGUCCAGGUGAAAAACCCAUGAUUGAGGUGAGUUACAAAGGUGAAAAGAAGCAGUUUUCAGCUGAGGAGAUUUCAUCCAUGGUGUUAGUCAAGAUGAAGGAAACAGCUGAGUCUUUCUUGGGAUUUAAGGUAAAAAAUGCUGUUGUCACUGUGCCUGCUUAUUUCAACGAUUCACAAAGACAAGCUACAAAGGAUGCUGGUGCUAUUUCUGGUAUGAAUGUUUUAAGGAUUAUAAAUGAGCCUACUGCUGCUGCUAUUGCUUAUGGUUUGGAUAAAAAAGCAUCAAGAAGAGGUGAACAAAAUGUACUUGUUUUCGAUUUGGGCGGUGGUACGUUUGAUGUGUCGAUAUUAACUAUUGAAGAAGGGAUUUUUGAGGUUAAAGCAACUGCUGGUGACACACAUUUAGGUGGUGAAGAUUUUGAUAAUAGGCUUGUUAAUCAUUUUGUGGCUGAGUUUAGAAGGAAACAUAAAAAGGACUUAAGUGGAAAUGCUAGAGCUUUGAGGAGAUUAAGGACUGCUUGUGAAAGGGCAAAAAGGACUUUAUCAUCCACUACACAAACUACUAUUGAAGUGGAUUCUUUGUUUGAAGGGACAGAUUUUUAUGCUACUAUUACUAGAGCUAGGUUUGAGGAAUUGUGUAUGGAUUUGUUCAUGAAGUGUAUGGAGCCUGUGGAGAAGUGUUUGAGGGAUGCUAAGAUUGAUAAAUCACAAAUUCAUGAAGUGGUUCUUGUUGGUGGAUCAACUAGGAUACCUAAAGUUCAGCAGCUUUUGCAAGAUUUUUUCAAUGGGAAGGAGUUGUGCAAGAGUAUAAAUCCCGACGAGGCGGUGGCUUAUGGUGCAGCAGUCCAAGCUGCAAUUUUGACAGGUGAAGGAGAUGAGAAAGUUCAAGAUUUGCUUUUGCUCGAUGUCACACCACUAAGUCUCGGGCUCGAAACUGCUGGCGGGGUUAUGACGACUUUAAUUCCUAGAAACACAACAAUCCCGACGAAAAAAGAGCAGAUUUUUUCGACUUACUCAGACAAUCAGCCAGGGGUACUCAUCCAAGUCUAUGAAGGGGAAAGAGCAAGAACAAGGGAUAACAAUCUUCUUGGAAAAUUUGAACUCUCUGGUAUCCCUCCAGCACCAAGAGGAGUACCACAGAUCAAUGUCACGUUUGAUAUCGACGCGAACGGGAUCCUAAAUGUGAUGGCUGAGGACAAAACUGCAGGGGUGAAAAACAAGAUUACAAUCACAAAUGAUAAAGGGAGAUUGAGCAAAGAAGAAAUUGAAAGAAUGGUGAGGGAUGCUGAGAGGUACAAAGAAGAAGAUGAAGUGGUAAAAAAGAAAGUGGAAGCAAAGAAUGGACUUGAGAAUUAUGCAUAUAACAUGAGGAAUACAAUAAAAGAUGAGAAAAUUGCAAGUAAGUUGAGUGUAGAGGAUAAAGAGAAGAUUGAAAAGGGUGUGCAAGAAACUAUAGAGUGGCUUGAUAAAAACCAAUUGGCUGAAGUUGAUGAACUUGAAGAUAAGUUAAAGGAACUUGAAGGAAUAUGUAAUCCUAUAAUUGCAAAAAUGUAUCAAGGUGGUGCUAGUGAUGGUGCUCCUAUGGAUGAUGAUCAAAUGCCUGGUGGUGGUACUACUGGCAGCUCUGGUGGUACUGGAUCUGGACCUAAGAUUGAAGAAGUUGAUUAGAAUGUUAGACUGGAAGAAAGAAAGAUUUCAACUUUAGUUUUUUGUUGUUUGUGUAACUCUACUGUUCUUGUCUGUGGUCACUUUUUUGAUGUCCUUAUGUUUGAUCUUGUUUUUGGGUGUAUAAAAGAAUGUUUAUAUCUUGUGUUUGGAAGUUAGUUUCUAGUUCUUCUGUAGUAAUAAUAUGUUAAUACCUUGUUUUUGUAAGGUUUUAGUUUCUGGUAAUAAUAUUAUGUUUAUACCU